AAGUGGCAGGGGCAGCGCAGACCGCUCGAUAUCGUACGAUCCAGGGCCGCCGCUGGCGCUGCAUCCUCGGGGCGCCCGCUGGGAUCCUCCGCCGCGCCGGCGCGUCGCAGACGCGCGGCACGGCAGGGCGGGGAGGAGGGCGCGCGGAGGCAGCGAGCCGCGGAGCUGGGCGCGCGGGGGCAGCGAGCAUGGCGCGGCUGCAGCGAUGCGGCUGCAGCGAUGCGGCAGGCCACCCGCGCUCGGCCCCUGGAGGGCUGCCGGGUGGACCGGAAAGCGGCAGAGCAAAAAACAGAAAAACCGUGCGGCCAGAAGAGAGGGGAGGAGGAGGAGGAGGAGGAGGAGGAGGAGGAGGAGGAGGAGGAGGGAGCAAAACGACGUGGCGUGCUGCCCAGCCUCUCCGGGCAGGGGGCCCGCGCCGGCGCACGGGCCGAGCCUGGGCACAACGACGCGCCAUUGAGACGCGAACGGGCUCCACCCGAGAGCUCGGCGGCGACGAUAUAG